AUGGACAUUGAAAAUGUUUUACCUGAUUCACAGAUGGGCUUCGGGAAAGGACGCAGCUGCACGGAUGCCAUCUUUACGCUUCUCAGUGCCAUUCAGAUACAAUUCCGUCAUAACGAUGACAGAGAAAUUUACGGUGUACUUGUCGACUUCCAAAGAGCGUUUGAUUCUGUGCCUCAUGCGCGUCUUUGGCAGAAACUCCAAGAUCUAAAUGUCAGCAGCAAGUUUAUCAAUACCAUAAGAUCACUAUAUGACCAAGCGUCUAUGCAAGGUGAAUCCCUAAGCCCGGACCUGUUCCUCCUGUACUUGCAUGACUUUGAAAAAUUCUUCCGCUCCAAAGGUCUCUAUGCUCUGGACAUAAAUGAAGUUGUUGAUAUUCUCCUGCUGCUGUACGCAGAUGAAACU